UGAGCCUGGAGGACUACAUCUCCCAGAGUGCAGUGCGCCGCCCCGUGUUCUGUAUUAGGCAAAUAGACAGAAAUCGGAGAAAAGGUUUGGUGUCGCUGGUGCCGGUGUCUCGUCGGGUAUGGCGACCUGUCAGAACACCGGGGUGGAGUCUGACCCUCUGCUGGGGCCUUUGCAUCGGAGUUGGUGUGCGGAGCCGAACUUCAGCGCCUCCCUGGAGAAGAAUCACCGAGACCGGAGCGGAUCCGCUUCUUCCUGUGGAGGGGGGCCCCUGGACAGCAAUGGUCCUGUGUGUGAUCGUCUCUAUUUAAAACAAGCUGUUGUGUUUAUUGAAGAUGCAAUCCAGUAUCGCUCCAUAGACCAUCGCGUGGAUCUGUGUUCUCUGCAGCUGCAUCGAUGGUAUUAUUCUGAUCUGUGGCAAUGGAUACUGAAUGUGACCAUAUUUGUGAAUUUGGCUCUUGCCUUCAUUGAGAAGCCCUCAUCUCUAACUGUAACCUCAGACGUGCGUUACCGCAAAGCAGCCUGGGAACCACCCUGCGGACUGACGGAAAGCGUGGAGUUUGUGACUUUUCUUGUAUUUAUUGCUGACUUUUCUGUAAAGAGUUAUCUAAUCGGCUGGAAUGAGUUUAUCAAGAACAAGUGGCUGCUGUGUUACAUCCUGGCGCUCUCGCUUUCCGUUGUGGAUUGGACGGUGUCUCUAUGCUUCUUGUGCAGAGAGGGUGUGAGAAUUAGAAGACUCCUGCGGCCUUUCUUCCUUCUCCAGAAUUCAUCUCUCAUGAAAAAGACUCUGAAGUGCAUUAAGAGAACCCUGCCAGAGAUGGGGAGUGUGAUGCUGCUGCUGGCUUUGCAUCUGUGCCUUUUCACCAUGUUUGGUAUGCUGCUGUUUGCUCAUUCAAAGGAUUCCAGCCUAGACGUGGAGUGGCUGAGAUAUUUCCGCAAUCUACCCGACUCACUCACUUCACUCCUGGUGCUGCUGACAACCGCCAAUAAUCCAGACGUGAUGAUUCCAGCCUAUUCCUACAACAGAGCCUAUUCCUUGUUCUUCAUUAUCUUCACAGUUAUAGGCAGUCUUAUUUUGAUGAACUUGCUGACAGCCAUAAUCUACAAUCAAUUCCGGGGCUAUUUAUUGAAAUCUGUUCAGGCCUCCCUGCUCAGACGGCGGUUAGGAAUUAGAGCUGCCUUUGAAAUUCUUUCCUUCCACAGAGAGCUCACAUCCCACAAUUGUGAUCAAGCGGUCUGUGUGGACUGUGUGACCUUCAUUAAUGUCUUACAGGACGUUAAAAUGGAUGGCUACUGCAAAUUGGCAAUCAUCGAGAAGGCAAGAUGCUUCCCCAGCGGUGUUCUCCCUGCAGAGCAGUUUCAGAAACUAUUUGAUGAACUGGAUAAGGAUCCGGUCAGACAGCACCCGCCCCAGCCUGUGUACCAGUCUAGAUUCUUGCAGAUUUUGCAGAUCGUCGGAAGCCAUCGGUACUUCGACUAUCUGGGGAACUUUGUGGCUUUGGCCAAUCUCAUUUCUAUCUGUGUUGUCUUGAUGAUCGAUGCAGAGAAAGCUGGGAGUGAACGCGAUGACUUCUCUUUAGGAGCCAUCAACUGUUUCUUCAUCCUGUACUACACUCUGGAGAUGAGCCUGAAAAUCUUUUCCCUGGGAAUAAAGAACUACCUCUCCUAUCCAAGCAACAUUUUUGACGGGUUUCUAACCUUCAUCUUACUGGUGUUGGAAAUUGCUACAUUUGCUAUAUACAAGUUCCCGCAUCCUGGCUGGAAGCCGGACAUGCAGGGCCUCUUGUCUCUCUGGGAGAUGGUUCGUCUUGUCAACAUGUUUAUCGUUUUCCGAUUUCUAAGAAUCAUCCCAAACAUGAAGAUGAUGGCUCUAGUAGCGGGCACAUUGCUGGAUCUAGUGAAGAAUCUUCGGGCAUUUGCUGGAAUCCUUGUGGUGGUAUAUUAUGUUUUUGCAAUCAUUGGUAUUGACCUGUUUAGAGGUGUCCUGCCGAAUCCAAAGAACACAAGUUCUCCAGCUAAUGAGAACUCCACAAACGAGACUGCACAAUGCGGGACCUUUGAGCAACUCGAGUAUUGGCCGAACAACUUUGAUGAUUUUGCCGCUGCUCUUGUGACGCUGUGGAACGUGAUGGUGGUGAAUAACUGGCAGGUGUUCUUGGAUGCCUUUUCCAGAUAUACAAAUCCAUGGUCAAAGUUGUACUUUGUGGCAUGGUGGCUGGUGUCUUCUGUCAUUUGGAUUAAUCUCUUUGUUGCUCUGAUUUUAGAGAAUUUUAUCCACAAAUGGGAUCACAGACACUCCCUUUCUGCAGCCCAGCAAGUAGAGUACCACAUGACAGUCCAGCUCAUGUUCAGGGAGGACUUGGAAGAACCAACAGAUGAAGAACUCAUGGACAGGUUACAUCAUCACCCUCACCUCCAUCUAUCCAGAUGACCUCCACUGUGUACAGAUAAGUGGGACCAGAACUGGAGACGAGGAGCUCCAGCCUAAGCUGCCAUACCAAGAAAACCACUUUGCUGCUUUUAUUGAUGUGAAAGUGAUGUGAGCAUGGAAGUGUUUUACACCUGCAAUGUGCAUUCCAGUACUAAAGCCUCCCCACUACACUAGUGCCUUAUUCUGUCACCCCCCCCCACACAGGCCUUUCUUAUGGACCUUUCUCAUUCCUCUGGGGGGGCUUUACUGCAGACAAGACUUUGAUUUUACUCCAGGAGCGAUGAGGCACCUUUAAUUUUUUUUUUUCUUAAGUAUUUUAUGUUUUCAGUUUAUUGUAUCUUUUAUCUCAAUGUCUCAGGGGAACUAUCAUACCGGUCACCUGUACAGCAGGUAUAGCCAUUUAACAGGUCAGUCAUAGUCAGUCAAGCCAGGUAUGGGAAGUCGGCAGUUGACCAAGCCCACUAGAUGACUCCUAUAUCUGGGAGCUUUGGCAGAGAUCCCCCCCGCUAUCAUUUCCUGCUGUUCCAGCACCUUUUUUCCUUGGUGUUCCCGACCUGAUACAGCAUUUACCAUAAACUAAAACCAUUAACAAUCCUGCAGGGAUAGUGGGACCCUCUUGAACCCGAUGCAACAGAUGUGGAAGCCAUUGACCUUUAACCAUGGCUAUUUAAAGGGGCUGUAAAGGUUUGUUUUUUAUUUUCUAAAUA